AUCUGUCAGUCGCCAUCUUUCAUAACAGUAUUAUGAAGCCCCACAGGAAGAAUGGACAAACAGGAAGUGUAAGGGACUCUGUAGAGACACAGAAUAAUCACAGGAUCUUGCAUAGUUGGGUGGCCAUUGGGAGAGAUCUGUCUAGAUCUCCUCCGGGAAGAGAAUGAGGUUGAGACCAGUAAUGGGGGGCUCAUUGAGCCAACCUACACCACCAGACCUGGGGGUCAUACUUCUUCUGUUUCUCCUCCUGCUUCAGCUGGAUCCUAUGAAGGCUAUGGAGGAUCAAACUCAAACUCAAGAGACAGCAAACAAUUUCUGUUCUGAAGAAACCUUACGUCCAUCUCCGUAUGCAGCCUCUCAGUGCUUUCUUUCAUGUAACAGAAGUACUCCAAAGUGUAAGCCUGAGGUGAUAGAAAGAUUCUGGAUAAAGAAGGAGGAAGAACUGGCUAAUGAAACAUCAUCAGUGCGUUUUUUGGAUGAGUCCACAGUGAAGGCCACCGUCCAUGAGGUCCUUGUCAACAGUUCCCAAGAUCUCUUUUUCUCCACCUCACCAUUUCAGGUGCCAGCAGUACUGAAUGAGAAUGAGACAGAAGUACCCAACAAAGUCCACCUCCCCAGAAGCCUAUUUGAAAGACUGAGACCAAAAAUGAACUCCGUUCGAGUUAUCCUAAUGGUCAUCAACAUUGGAGAAGGGGAACUAUUCAAGGGCUCAGCCACUGGGCAGAAGUUUAGCAGUUCUGUGAUGGACAAUCACAUGAUAGGCAUUCGGGUUGGAACCGAGCCCAUCAAGGAUCUGGAUGAACCUGUGGAGAUCACCUUUUCCCACAAGCAGCAGCACCAGAACCUACAAUGCGUGUUCUGGGAUAUCAGUCAAGGUAUAGCUGGAGACUGGAAAUCCACAGGUUGUUCCACAGAGCUAAGGACCAACCAGACUGUCUGCCGCUGUGACCACCUGACCUUCUUUGCCCUGUUACUGAACCCAGUCCUUGAUGCUACCACAGUGAAGACUCUGAUUCAAAUCUCUCUUGUUGGCUGUGGCACAUCCCUAUGCUUCCUGUUAUUCACCAUAAUCUUCUAUUUUGUCCUGAGAUUCACAAGGGAGAGGUUCAAGUCAGAAGAUGCCCCCAAAAUCCACGUGGCCCUUUGCAUCAGUUUGGUCCUUCUGAAUUUCACCUUCAUCAUCAACCUGGAGCACACCCCCCCAAAGCAAAGAGCCCCCUGCCGGGCACAAGGAGGGAUCUUCCAUUACUUCCUGCUCUGUUGUUUCACCUGGAUGGGUAUUGAGGCCUUCCACCUGUACCUGCUGGCUAUCAAGAUCUUCAACAUAUACAUAAGCCACUACUUCCUGAAACUCAAUCUGGUGGCCUGGGGACUUCCCUUCUUAGUGGUCCUCAUCACUGGAAGCACCAGCAGCUAUGGGCACUACGCCAUCAAGGAUGGGGAUAACCAUACUACCUUGCAGCUGUGCUGGAUAGAGAACACAACAGCCCUGUACAUCACAGUCCACGGCUACUUCAUUGUCAUCUUCCUCUUCGGUGGUGUGGUUCUGAGUCUGGUGGCUUGGAAGAUUUUCCACCUUCGAGGUUCCAAGGCAGGCAAGGAGCAGAACCAAACAUGGAAGGGGGUCAUCACCGUGCUUGGCCUCUCCUGUUUGGUGGGAGGAACGUGGGGGCUGGUCCUCCUCACCCCGAUUGGUCUGACUACUAUCUAUGCCUUCACACUACUCAACUCUCUCCAAGGUGUUUUCAUCUUCACUUGGUUUGCCAUCCUUUUCUACCCAAGUCUAAGUGGGGAGUCUUCUUCCAGUACUGCCAAGUCAAAUCCCAGUCAUUCUGCAUCCAGGGAGUAGGCAGAUCCCUGCCCCUUUCAGCACUGGUGUGAGGAGGAACUGGUACCAGCUUAUGGGUGUGAUGGCUGAGGGGAGACCCAGGAUUGGACAGAAUGUUCUAACCCCAACCUAGAUUUCUGAAUUCCAGGUCACUUGAGUCUAGUCUGAUUCUCCUCCAAAUGGAAAAGGAGUCUUGCGAUGGCGGACUGGCCAACUCCAAAAGCUGUGAAGGGGAUGAGGUGGAUCUUUGGUGCUCUCUUUACCUCUCCUUUUGAGACCAUGCUUGUUCUCAUUCUAUCCUCUCACCUUUGACCCAAAUCCCACCAACCUUGACCAAUUCCCAGAAAUCCCCCUCAGACGAUCUUAGAUCUUGAAAGAAUUUCAGUGGUCAUCUAUAGUCUAAAAGUUCUCAGUCUUUUUAUGUGUAUCAUAGAUCCCUUUGGUAGUCUGGUGGAACUCCUCAAGAAAACAUUAUUAAAUGCAUAAAUAAAAUAUAUUACAAAGGAAACCAAUUAUAUUGAAAUUUAGGCAUCAAUUUUUUUGAAGUUCAUAGACCCCAAAGAACAUCUCUAAGUCUGACAGCCUCCUCUCUACUCUGUUAUUUUAUCAGUGAGAAAAUGAAGGCUCCAAGGUCCCAUAGCUAGUUAAGAGCACAACCAGAUACAACUGGGGGAUCCCGAGACCCAAUCCAGUGGUCUUUCUACCAUAGCUUCAGAACUUACCUCUUCUUACACCCCUAAGGCCCUGAAGCUAGUUAGCUGAUAAAAUGAAAAACCAUCUCAACUAAUAAUACAUUCUCUCUCAGGAAACUUGUCUUUUAAGAGAAGGCUCUUAAAGACCAAAAGGCUUUAACCCAAAGGAAUCUAAUGUCAAAGCCUUAAUCAAUGGGGCUAGCAGAUGGGUGGGAUAUUUGAGGAUAUGGGGUGCAAUAUCCUUCAACUCACACUCCCUAACCAGCCUCCUAAUCUAUCAACUUCUAAAGGCCACUUGACUACCAUGUCAAUACAUAUGGUCCAAUUGAGCUAAACCUAGAUUAAGGAUUUCCCAGUUCCUUCUCAUCUCCAUCUUUCUCAUGUUGCAUACAUCAUGACUUUGUGGGAGCUUAUGCUGAUUGAUAGUGGAGGGAAGAAGUUAGGUGGGGAAGUUAAGAGCACCAGGUUGAAGUCCCUGGCCAGCCCUGGCAGGUCAUGGAGCCCUGACAGAGUAGCUGUUGGCUUUUUUAUUUCCCAUGAUAAGUCUUGCUAUCCAAAGCCCCAGGGAGGACUUCAGAUCUUGACUACUUUUCCUGUGACUACUUUUCCUAUUCCCAGAGGAAGAUGCUCAGAGGAAGAGAGAGUUCUGUUUCUGUGCCCAGAAGAUUAGGAUGAAUAUAAUACAAUAAAUAUUUAUGAAGUGCCUUCUGUUUGUAGAGCCAUGGGUUGAGCACUGAGGAAGAUGUCAACUCUCUGCCUCAGGAUACUUACUAUAUCCCAACUUCAGCUCAGCAAAAUAGAUCAAAUUCUACUUUCUUCUUAUUUUAUAUGAAUUUUCAACUGGCUUCUAACUCAAUCCCUUCCUUGGUCAAAUAGUUAAUAAUGUUCAGUUAUAACAUUUAUAUGCCAUGUUAAGAUUUGCAAAACACUUUGUGAGUUACCUCAUUUGAGCCUCACCGCCAC